UUUAAAGCGUGCACGAGUUUGUUGUCACCAUGAGUGGAGCGGUGGUUUUCCAGAUGUGGAUGCUUUUAUUGUUGGGGACUAUAACCGGGCUCGGGAGGGCUCAGGUCUCCACAGCCAAAGUGAUGAGGGGCAACAUCAGGAGAGACGACAGCAAUCGCCUCACCACAGACUUGUACCGCAAAGACGAAAACAUCACAGUAACACCAGCGGGCGGAGUCAUCAACAGCCCACGCUACCCUAACGCUUACCCCCGCAACCUGCUGUUGUCAUGGAAACUGCUGUCACCGCCAGGGAGCCGCAUUCACCUGGAGUUUGACGGACACUUCGGCCUGGAGGAGGCUGAGAAUGGAGUGUGCAGGUAUGACUUUGUGGAAGUGGAGGACCAAUCAGAGACCAGCACUAUAAUUUGGGGUCGCUGGUGUGGGCAGAAAGCUCCACCUAGUCUCAACUCCAAAACCAACACGCUCAGAGUCACCUUCAAGUCUGAUGAUUACUUUGUUGCAAAGCCGGGAUUCAAAAUCUACUAUUCACUGCUGUAUGACUCUCCUCUACCUGCAGCCAACACCAACUGGGAAGCCAUCACUAUACCCAUGAUGGACAGUGUUGUAGGGCAGAUGCCGGUCGCGGUCACAGAGGUUCCUUUCUCCUUGGAGGAUCUGGACCGGACCAUAGCUGCCUUUGACACUAUAGAGCAGCUUCUCAGAUCUCUGAACCCAGACACUUGGAGACAGGACCUGGACAGCAUCUAUACUCAAACACACAUACAUUAUAGAUCCAGGGCCUAUCAUCUGGCAAGCAGACAUAAUAAAGUUGAUCUGAACCGCCUCUAUGAUGACGUCAAGCGAUACAGCUGUACCCCACGCAACUAUUCUGUAAACCUGCGCGAGGAGCUGAAGGCCACCAACGCCGUCUUCUUCCCUCGAUGUCUGCUGGUGAAACGCUGCGGAGGCAACUGUGGCUGUGGAACAAAUAACUGGAACAGCGGCUGCACCUGUCAGGCCUCCAAGACGUCGCUCAAACUACAUGAGGUGCUGAAGUACGCCCCAGAGGUCACUCUGCAUCAACGCCAUCGGAGGCCGCAGGUGCGUUGGGUCAUAGAUGAGAUCUUCCUCACACACCAUGAAACGUGUGAGUGUGCAUGUCCUUCCCAGCCCCCUCGCUGAGGCUCUCAAGACUGGCACAUGCAUCUUGAACUGUUGAACAAGUUUUUUUUUUAUCUAUUUUGCAAAAGACUUCAUAUAAUAACAGCAACGCAGACACAUGCAGCAAAGAAAAAAGCAACAAUCUGACUGACAAACCGCAGCUCAUUCACACACAAUGACAUUUUUUUCUUGCAAGUAAACCACCUAUUUUCCUCUGUACACAGGCCAAACUUAAACCAACAUAUUUCCGGCCAAACAUAUUGGUUAUUCAACUUUCCUGCAACUUGGAGUUAAAUCUUAACCAUUACGACCAAAUUUACACAUUACUUGUGAACCAUGGCAUGUUACAAUAACAGUGGACCUUCUCCAUAGGAAUUCGCUUUCAAUUCAAUCAAAGCUUUUUCCUCCAAAAAUUAAAUACUGAAAACCAUUUGGAAUACAAAAGACAAAAUUACCACAUAACACCAACAUUUUAUUGAACUUACUUUUACAGUAGCAGCCUUUCCCACAGACUUAGAUUGUGGCAUGGGGGCGUUCCCGCUCACACUAGGAGGGGCUCACAGCUCCCCAAUGAAACAGUGGCAAAAAACACUGCGGCAGAGAUCUUUUAUGUUAUUGUGAGAAGUGUAAAAAUGUUUUACACACAAAUUAGACUGUGGCGUGCUAAAGAACAGGUGUGGGCAGGCGUGGUAGACCGAGGGGAGAUUAUCUUGUCAUGGAUGGCUUAAUAAGAACAACAAAAAAUGCUAGUGCUAAAAUGGUCACCAAAUAUACUUGGGCAGCCGUUAAUAUACCUGAGCAGCCCGGCAAGUCUAUGUGUGGGAAACACUGCAUUUUGAUGAAGGGAGUUCCAUGGAUGUCAACUUGACAGAAUUGAAAUAGAAUUGAGUCAGACUGCUUCGUAAACAGCUAUUUCACAUGUAUGUCUAUGCGUCUCUUUCUGUUAUAUUAAGACUGUUUCUAGAAACUUCUAGCUCCUCUUCUGCCAGCAGCACGCUGAGAUGAGUGAGUGUGAGACAGAAGGAAGGAGGGAGAGGGGUUGGAGGAAGUGUAAACCAAAAUAACACUUUAUCUUGAUGUGAAAUUAGGCUAGCCACAACCCUCCAGAUCUGAAAUGCUCACUAACACUCACACACGCUCACUUUAGGCUUCCACUCCUACAAAAACGGUAGUUAUUUAUGCUGAAUUCUUCACUGCUCUAUUUUUCAGUGAAGGGCUCCUUUGUUUUGCACACAUCCCUGUCUGAAUAUAUUCACGAUUCCCUUUGUCUGUACCUCAAUCCAUAUGCUCCCCGCUCCUUUUCUUUCUCUCUCAGUGACUCCAUCUCUAACACACACACUCCUCAUCACUCACUCGCUAACACAUCAAAGGAGAUGUCAGAUCAGGCCGCUGCGCUCUGCCGCUCUGCCCAUUUUUCUGAACAUUCCUGGCAUUCCAACUGCUAACCGGAAUUCUGCUAACGCGGAUAAAACCCUGAACUUCAGACCCUAAACACGUAACAGAGGAAAGACACUCAGGAAGAGGGAUGGAGAGGAAGUUUUUUUUUUAUUAUUUUUAAGGAGGUGACUGACAGAAAAGGGACAAUCAAGCUGCCUAUUCGUAGAUUACCAGCACUCCUGGAUGAGAGCUGAGAGAGGAACCACUUUCGAAGAUAUAACGUAGAAAAGAUUGCUGCUCCUUCAGCAGUUUCAAUCAGCAUGUGCUGCUUUUCUAGUGAGCAUUUUUUUUUUUUUCUUUCUCAUGAAGAUGCUCAUACAUAUCACAAUCUGACCUUCUGCUCGGCAUGUCUGCAGCAGAUCUGUGGGAAAUAGAGGAAAGCUCUUGGUCAAUGCUGAAAAUACCACCGAUACUGUGUGUGUGUGUGUGUGUGUGUGUGUGUGUGUGUGUGUGUGUGUGUGUGUGUCUCAGUAUGCCUGUAACCGCUCAGGAAGAGGUCCCUUUGUUUUAAGGGGUGGAGGGUUACCAACAGUCUGUGAGAGCUGGCAGCAGAUACAAGCAUGUGAAUCCUCAGCAUGUGACUGUGCAUGCGAGUGUGUGUGUGUGUGUGUGUGUGUGUGUGUGUGUGUGUGUGUGUGUGUGUCUCUGUGUGUUGUGUGUGUGUAGAUAGCCAGAGUAUCAAAGCAAUAGACCAAGAAUUCAAACUAACUGCUUUUCAUUUCCAUACACACGACCCAGCUGUGAGAAAUAAAAGACAGUCUCAUCUGUCAUCUCUCCAUCAUCACCUCCCAUAUACUACACGCAAAGAAAAAUGGGGUUUGACACACUACUUUUGUUCAAAAGACAGACAAAAAAGAAUAACUGGACACUGAGAUGAUUUACACGGUCACAGUGAAACCCAAUCAGCUGUGUGCUUUUAUGUGCACGUGUACUGCAAGUCAUAGAUGAUGUUUGGCAGGUAUGGGAUACAAAACACUCUUAAAUAUUCACAAAGUGUGUUGGGUUAUGUGAUAGUCAAGUUCCAAGUAAUUUAUCCCAGACACCAUUCGCUGACAUGCACACGCACAGGCGCACGCACGCACACACACACGCAUGCAC